CUCUAUCAGUUUAAUAUCUACAGCACUGGCCUCGACCUUGUCGUCGGCUAGGCACAGGCACACUUGUGUGGGUUGGAUCAUGCUGGUACCUACUACUGCUCGGCAAUUCGGCACCUCGUAGUUCGUACGCCAGUGCCAGUUUUGUUUCGGUGCGGCUUGAGAGCAGAAAAUUAGGAAAGUACUGACAACUAGCGUGCACACAUUUCGCUUUUGUAGGUAUCAUCGUCGCGAUUCGCGGAAUGCGAUCCUUCGGUUGUUCCCGGUUCCGUGAAUUCGAAACAACACGUAACGAAGGCUACGAGAGCGAGAGAGAUAGAGAGUCAGGAGAGGAUAACGUAGGAUUUACUUACUAUACUUAGAUAGUAUAUCGCGGCUUGGUGCAUCGUGGACAGCGAAAACAGAUUGAUUUAAGGGACAACCGGCACUGGCAGCACCGGUUACGGGAGUAAGUCUUGCCGCAGCGGCAUUCCAGGAUGAUAUUUUACGCUCCAGGAAGAUGGCCGUGAUCGGCGAACCCAGGUUUCCAGCAGUCCACGUGAGAGAACUGUCGGAAUUCUUUAGUCAUAAAAGUAAAAGAAGAAUAAGUCUAUCCUCACCUGGCUGUCAUCGUAGGAAAAGGAAGAGUCGAUCGGCUCGCGAGAGCACGAUGUUGUGUUCGCGAAGUGCUGAUCAAGGCGACCUUAGCGACUCUGAAGAUGGAUCUGUGGAAACGGAUCCUCUUAGGUACGAACUUCGCAACAUCCAGAGCGUGAUCCACGUCAUACGUCAAAAUAUCGAUGCGCUCAAUAACAAAUUCGCCGGAUUUCAAGAUCCUCCUUCAAUUUACUUGACUGAAUAUCAAGAAUUAACCAGCAAAUUACACGAAUUAGAAUCUAAGCAGCAGAAACUUAAUGAACUGCUUAACUCCACAUCGACUGAAAGCGCAGUAUCCACGGAAAACGAAUCGCAUCUAUCUAAUAAGUUUCGUUCACCUAGAACUCCACUCAAAUCACUCGUCAGAGCCCAUUUACCUAACCAGCAACGUACAAGUGUGCAAGUCCGGGAAGGUCUUUCCCUAAGAGAUGCUCUUGCUAAAGCCAUGAAGCUCCGGAACCUCACCACAGAAAUGUGUAUGGUGUACAUAGUAGGAUCCGACGACUCGAAGCAUCCUAUUCCCUGGGAUACAGACAUUUCCUCCCUCGAAUGUGACGAAAUCUCGGUGGAGAUACUUGACAAGUUUCCUAUCGCCACUUCGAUAUCUCACAAUUUUGUUCGGAAGACCUUCUUCUCCCUUGCAUUUUGUGAGUGUUGUCGAAAACUCCUUUUCCAAGGGUUCUACUGCAGAACUUGCAACUACAGAUUUCAUCAGAGAUGUGCAGGUGGUGUGCCGGCACUUUGCCAUCAAACGCGCAUGCAAGACGCCUACUAUCAGGCGCUUCUUGCUCACAAUCCAGAAACUACUGCAGGAAUUCUGCAGCUACCUUCAGGCUACGGCCUGUCAUCCUCGUUAGCUACUUCCCGGAAUGCCAGGCACCCUAGAUCUCUCGGACAGCAAGAUCGAUCGAGCUCCGCUCCUAAUGUGUGCUUCAAUAUGGUGAAACCUGGAGGUGAACCGAUCAACCUAGAUGAGUACACGAGAUCCCAAUGUCUUGGACGACCCGUGGGUACUACCCAGAGCCCUAUGUCUCCUGAAAGUAGUCCCACCAAACAUAGUCAGUCCACUCAGGCAAGCCCUACCAGUACCCUGAGGCCGAAGCGCCCCAGGGCGCGCUCCGCGGAUGAAUCGUCGAAGAAUCUUCUCGCGCCUCGAGAGUCCAUCGAAGAUUGGGAAAUUCCAGCGGAUGAAAUCCUUGUUGGACCGCGAAUCGGGUCGGGAUCCUUUGGAACAGUCUACAAAGCUCAUUGGCAUGGACCAGUCGCAGUGAAGACUUUGAAUGUGAAGAUACCCACGGCGGCGCAGCUUCAAGCAUUCAAGAAUGAAGUAGCAGUCUUGAGAAAGACUCGCCAUGUCAACAUACUUCUUUUCAUGGGAUGUGUCAGCAAACCCCAGCUGGCCAUCGUCACUCAGUGGUGCGAGGGUUCAUCUUUGUACAAGCAUCUGCAUGUUUUCGAGUCAAGAUUUCAGCUUCUAACCCUGAUCGAGAUCGGCAGACAGACUGCACAGGGAAUGGACUACUUGCACGCCAAGAACAUUAUACACAGAGACUUGAAGAGUAACAACAUUUUUUUGCAUGACGACCUCACCGUGAAGAUUGGAGACUUUGGCCUCGCAACGGCCAAGACGAGGUGGUCAGGGUCUUUGCAAUUUCAUCAACCAACUGGAUCGAUCCUUUGGAUGGCUCCUGAGGUCAUCAGAAUGCAGGAGGAGAAUCCUUACAGUUUCCAGUCUGACGUCUAUGCCUUUGGUGUGGUCUUGUUUGAACUUUUGGCAGGUCAACUGCCGUACUCGCAUGUCAAUAAUAAGGAUCAGAUCCUCUUCAUGGUUGGAAGAGGAUACCUGCGACCGGAUUUGAAUAAACUAAGGUCAGACACGCCGAAAGCUCUUCGUCGAUUAACGGAAGAUUGCAUAAAGUUCUCUAGAGAUGAGCGACCGAUAUUCAGGCAGAUCUUGGCAAGCCUAGAAGCUCUCCUUAGGGGUCUUCCUAAGAUUACCAGAUCUACCUCGGAGCCAAAUCUGAAUAGAACUCAGCUACAAUCGGAUGAUUUUCUUUAUACCUGUGCUUCACCGAAGACACCUGUGAAUUUCCAGUUCGGAGCGUUUCCUUUCUAUCCAAGUGGAGGGAACAUUUAAACUUUGAAACUAUUGAGACUGUUGCGUGUGCGAGAACGUUAGUAAAUAUUGAAAGAAGCGAGAAACAUAAUAUUGUAGUGAUUAGAUAGCAAAAUCAUGCGGUCAGUUUCCACUUUCCGCCUGAUAUGGUCAGGUAAAUGAUCUUCGGUAUACAAGCAAUUUAAA